UAAAGUUAAAGUGCUGGAACUGAGUCAGUGCUUUGUGGGACGUGACCACACAAAAGAAGCAGAGCUGAAUCUCUGUCCCCAACAUGCUGAAACUUGCUGAAAGCUGCUGUUUGUAGGAUGAAGAGUGAGUGUUGAUAGAACUGUGGGAGGGUUCAGGUUGUAAGAUUUCUGAAGAAGUUGUUAGUACUGGAAAAACUGGACGCUUUUGGUAGUAAACACCCAAUACUAAAUCUCCAACCACAACCGUUAAAGGGAAACAACAACCGGAGCUGUGGAGAGAUGAGGCCGCUUUGUGGAUUCCGUGGUCUGGAGAGGGACGGGGAAUGAUUUUAUGGUGAUUUUGGGGUGAUUUUAGUGAGAUAUCGGUGUGAUAUUGGGUCUGAAAUGUCUGUCCUAGCCAAACAAGAGCGAACAGUGUGUGUCCUGCUCCCAACCAAGGAAACUCUGGACAUCAGUGUGGGGCUGAAAGCUACUGGACAGGAUGUAUUCUCUCGGGUCUCUGAGCUUCUGGGAGUGAAGCAGCUGCACUAUUUCGGACUGACUGUAGUUAAGGACAAUGAGCACAUGUUUGUGGACCUGGAGGACAGGCUGGCCAAGUACUUUCCUAAGGAGUGGAAGCAGGACUCGGGGAAGGGGAAUCAGAAGAGGUGGAUUCCCCCGCUGCUCUGUCUGAAAGUGCAGUACUACGUGGAGAACGGGCGCCUUAUCUGUGAGCGUAAAGCUCGGAGGCUGUACUACGCUGAUCUGAGGGAGCGGGUGCUGCGCUCCGAGUGCCGGCAGCAGGAGGAGGUGUAUUUCCAGCUGGCAGGAUACGCCCUGCAGGCCGACCUGGGAGACCACCCUCCAGAAAACACCAGCCAGCAGGAUGCUCCGUACUUCAGACCCAAAGACUACUUCCCUCCCUGGAUCGUGGCUAAGCGCGGCGUGGACUACCUGCUGUGCCACGGGCCGAAGGUGCACCGGGAGCUGUGGGGGAUGCCGUGCCGGGACGCCGUCCUGCUCUUCAUCAGGGAGUCCUGCCGCCUGGAGGACGUCCCCGUCACCUUCUACAGACUCCACAAGGACAAGCGGGAGGAGAAAGGCUCGGCUCUGCUGGGACUCACCCUGCGAGGAAUGCAGGUUUAUCAGGAGAUGAAUAACGUACGUGAGCUGCUGUACGACUUCCCCUGGACCAACGUGGGCCGACUCACAUUUCUGGGUAAGAAGUUUGAGAUCCAGCCGGAUGGUCUGCCGUCGGCGAGGAAACUGGUGUAUUAUACUGGUUCUGCUUUCCGCUCGCGCCACCUCCUCCUUCACCUGAGCAGCAGCCACCGCCUCUACCUCACCCUGCAGCCCGCCCUCACACACCUGCGCCAGCUCGAGCAGGACGAGGAAAAGAAGCGAUACCGGGAGUCGUACAUCAGUGACGAUAUGGACCCGGACCCCCUGAGCAGCGACGGCAGCCCCCUCCUGUCCCGGCACUCCACCAGCAGCUCGGGCAUCGAGGCGGAUGGCCGGCAGCGCAGCGUAUCGGUGGAGAUGGUGUCAGUGGAGGAGGAGGAGCCUCUGAGACGGGCGGAGAAAUCCUUCAGCUCGGCUGCCAGUCACGGAUCAUCCCACACGUCCGGCAUCGACACCGGCAGCAAGACACGCCCCGAGGAGGAGGAGUGGCACGACGAAGAUUUCCAGCAGCAUGUGAACGGGCCUGGAGAAGUUUCAGUGGAUGAUCCUGAGGAGACACUGAGACUAGCGGAGCUUCUUCAGGGCGUGUCCGUGGAUUGCCCCUCCCUCAGCUCAGAAAUAAACUCAGCAGCCAUCCAUUUAAACCUCUUCCAGACGACCGCCGACCAAGAGAAGCCAUGUGACUCCAUUGAACAGGUUCUGAAGUGGAAAACCCGAGGCUCGUCUGAGCGACACAGUCACAGUCUGGACGACGUCCGUCUCAUGCCCCGCCCCCUCCUGCUCUCCACCCUGCCCAACACCUCCCGCAGCUACACCUUCGGACUCGGCACCGGCGCCGACCCCCAAAAACCCACCUUCUACGGCCGGCGCUCCACCAACUGCCUGGCCCUGGACUUGCUGGAGGACGAGCAGUUCCUGGAGCUGGUUCUGUGAGACUCUGAGAGAGCUCUGCUUUUGCAGACAAUACCAGAACUCAACACUCCUAAAAAAAACUCGCCAAAACAAGAGAAAUGGUUCUGUGGAGCAGCGCUGAUCAGAAGAACUGUUUCCAGUUUUUUAAAGAACCUUUGGCAGUGAUUUUAGUGGAGAACGGUCCAAAAGAAGAAAGGUAUACAGGUCCUGGACUCUUAAGCACUGCUUAAAUACCAGCAUCAGACCAUCAAAAAACAAAGAUACGUUGGAUUUUAAACACUAAUUUAAUGGUCAACCAGCACCAAAACAGCAUAUGUUGUGCUUUGAGCCUUGGCACGCUGGUUAUGCUGGUUAGCCAAGCCCACAACAGCGUCAGACCUGAACCAGACUACCCUACCACCUUAAACCAGCAUCAUUCCACCUUAAACCAGCAUCAGACCACCUUAAACCAACAUAAGACUACUUUAAAACAGCAUCAGACCACCUUCAACCAGCAUCAGGCCAUCUUAAACCAGCAUCAAACCACCUUAAACCAGCAUGAGGUUAUCUUAAACUAGCAAAAGACUACCUUAAACCAGCAUAUGGUGGUGUUUGAACUUUAGUAUAUUGGUCAUCCAGCUCCACACCACCUUAAACCAGCACUGAGCUACCUUUAACCAGCAUUAGGCCAACUUAAAUCAGCACCAGGCCAUCUUAAACUAGCAUCAGACCACCUUAAAAAAGCAUUAGUUCACCCUAAACUAGCAUAUGAUGGUGUUUGAACUUUAGUAUGCUGGUCAACCAGCACCAAAACACCUUAAACCAGCAUGAGACCACCUAAACCCGCACCACAACACCGAAAAACAGCAUCAGAACACCUGAAAACAGCACUGCACCACCUUAAACCAGCAUCAGGCCACCUUAAACAACACCAGACCAGCAUAUGUUGUUCUCUGAGCAUUGGCAUGCUAGUUGGCCAAGUCCACAACAGUGUCAAACCUGAACCAGACCACCCUACCACCUUAAACUAGCAUCAGACCACCUUAAACCAGCACAUCACCACCUUAAACCAGCACAUCACCACCUUAAACCAGCAUCAGGCUCCCUUCAACUAGCAUCAGAUUGUGUUUGAACUUUAGCAUGUUGGUUAGCCAGCACCAAACCACCUUAAACCAGCAUCAGAUCACCUUAAACCAGCAUUGGAUCUCCUUAAUCCAGCAUCUACUUAAACCAUAGUCCAACCUACAAGAUCCAGCAAAUUUAAGGUUUUGAAUACUUGUAUGUUGGUCAACCAGCACCAGGCCACCUUUAACAGGCAUUAGACCACCUUAAGACAGCAUAAGACCACUUUACAACAGCAUCAGACCACCUUAAACCAUAGUCCACCCUACAAGAUCCAGCAAAUUUGGGGUUUUAAACACUGGUAUUUUUUUCAGCUACUGUCAGACCACCUUAAACCAGCAAAGCAUGUGUUUUGGGCAGUGAUAUGUUGGUCAACCACCUUGAAAAAUAUCAGCUUUUUCAGCAGAAGUUCCUCUUCGAACCAUUUAAGAACAUUUAUUAAUGGUGUAAAAUAGUGUUUAAUAGCAGAGACUCAUGUGUUUAUAUUAAGGGUGUUUUCACACCUGCCUUGUUUGGGUCGGAACCAAAGUAUCACAUGUGAAAGGGGGCGAGAACCACAGUCCAGAACCAGAGCUUGUUCUCUGUCUGGAGCUACUGUGAAUCCAUGUUUCCUUGAGUAUAAACUGAGUUUCUCCAGUUUCUUCUCUGCUCAGAAGAGCCUGAGUGAAGUAUGUAAAGCAGCUUACGGAGGUCAAGUGUUCUGCAUUUCCUGCUGAUGCGUGAAAUUCCACAGGAGCCCCAACAAAAGCCGCUGAAGCUUUACUGAUGCACUCAUUUAAUGUAUAAUUACCAUCCAACAAAGGAGCUUUAUAAACCCCUGCACCCCCACUCUGUUCUCCAUAUGCUGGAUGUGGGUCACAGUUUCAGCACACACGCAUUCAUUCACUUAAUACUGAUGAUUUUAGGUUUGUUUGGGUCUAAAAAUCACUAUAUACUCAUUGACAAAAACAGUAACACUGCAGUAAGUUGAUGACAUACUAGUGCAUCUCUGAAAAUUAGAAUAUCAUUGAAAAGUUACUUUAUUCCAGUAAUUCAGUUCAAAAUGUGAAACUAUAUAUUACGGUAUAUACAGCAACCUCAACAGUCAGACGUUCAUUGCUACCUUGGCAGGGUGCACCUUAAAGGUGCUCUUAAAGGGAAUGAUGAGCAAGUGACAUGCCAAUUGGUUUAUUUCACGUUACGCUCAAAAUGAACCACACCCAUCAUUAAUUAAGAGAAUUGGUAUAUACAUGCCUUUUGCGUGUUUCGAGCCGAGCAAGGCGUACUUUUCCCGUCAUUACGAUAGCGAAGACACACUGACGGGCAUUAAAUCAAACUGCAUGGUGCACGGAUGGUGACUCGCCCAUAUAUUGCUAAAAUUACACCUGUAUUAAUUUAUAUAUCUGCUUGUUUGGACAUUAUUUUAUUGUCAAUGAGUGUAGUUUUAUAUAUGUAUAAUUAUAUAAAAGUUAUUUUAAAUCAAAUAAGAAGUCUUUAAAGUUUUUGGUUCAGGUGUGGCCUAAACACCCGAGUUUUACCACGUCUUGCUGUUUAUUUCAGGUUUAAAGUCGUGUUCAUUCAGCGGUGAGUCUGUUACCCUUUAAUUACCCCAAAUCCUGUCCUUUCAGUGAAAGGAAAUCAAUGUGAACGAUCGAUCAAUAGUGUAAAUAAAGACAUACUUUGAUUAUAA